AUGUCUAAUGAUUCCAACUCUAAUACAGACGGACACCUAUUGUCACGGUUAAACGCGCUCAAACAAUCCACUGUUUCUUUCGACCAGACCAACUUUCAGACGCCUCUAGCAAGCGGGCCAUCUCUAUCUACAAAUCCUGCACACGCCCUCCACUCAGACUUGCUGUCACGAUGGAAGUCUAUCGGAGGCAACGCACAUACAAGCACACACGAUCCCGCAGACACUACCGAGAAGUCCGAAGAUGACAAAACUGUUGAAGAGCUUCUCGCAGACCUUGGACCUUCAGAUGAAUGGGACGUGGGCAAAAGCGAGGAGAAGCAGGUGGGGGAUUUGUUGAAGGCAGCAAAGUCUGCGUUAGAUGUUGCCAAGGAACAAGAAUCUCAAUCGAUGGAGAAACAGGAGGAAGACGACGCACCACAAACACCUGCUAAAGUACCUGCUGUCGAUGUGUCGGUCUUCCAGCCCGAGCCUGAGUCUGAAGAGGAGGUCGAGGGCAGGGCUGUGAGCAAAUCGAAGGACACCCUCGAUAAAGAGGCGGAUGAGUUGCUGGCAAGAAUCCUCGACGAGGUCAAUCACGAGCCUCCAGAGUCAGUACAAAACGACGGCAGGGAAGCAGCAGACCAGGUUGAAGAGAACAACUCCGAAGGCCUAGCUGAACAGACAUCCUCAUUGAAUCUUCCUUCUACACCCUCCAAGGACCCUGAUCCUCUUCAGGUUGAGCCCACGUCCAGCGAAGACGAUGACCUAGCGUCUCGUUUCGCGGGGCUCUCAUUGCCAUCAGUGCCGACAACGAUGAAAUCGACCAAUCCCUCCAAACCUAGAGCAAAAACGAACGUCGGCUAUGCCGACGAAGAGAUCGAUACAUGGUGCAUCAUCUGCAAUGACGACGCGACGCUACGCUGCAUCGGUUGUGAUGGGGACCUAUACUGUACAAAUUGCUGGAUGGAAGGCCAUCGAGGCGAAGACGCCGGGCUUGAAGAGCGAACGCACAAAGCCGUCCAAUUCGUCAAAGGAGGCGGAAAGAAAAGGCAGCCCAAAAGAAGAGUUAUGAUGGGCUCUUGA